ACAUCAUAUGUUUUUAAAUACAGGUGCCAGCAUGCACUUUAUAUGAAUUUUCGAAACGAUAACGAAUAUAUACGGGUUUUAUAACAUUACGUGUAUAUGUGUGGUAUGUAUAUCUAAAUAUAUAAAGAGACGUUAAUUAUAUUCUUCCAAGUACUUGAACUUAAAACGCGCGGUGAAACAGUAUGACCUCUGUAUUGAGAUUAACGUUAAUAAUUUUAUUAGACCAAGUGUACGCGCGUAAUAUACAAGACACUGAAAUAAUAUUGUUGCCGGUAUGGUAUCCGAAAGGUGCACAGGAGAUUCCACUAACUUUCAAAGUCUUUGGGCAAUUGAUUCAGCUGAAUUUACGUAGAAACGAUAAUAUUGUAUCACCUCAAUUUCAAGUUUGGAAACACAACAUUAAAGGCAUAAAGGAAGAAUUGUCGCAAUUAAGCGCACCAGAUCUUUGCUAUUAUCUUCACAAGAAUCACAUCGGUUCCGCGGCUAUAAGUUUUUGUCAAGAACAUGGAUUGCACGGACUUGUCUUUUUGGAGAACAUUACAUUGGAAAUCACACCUUUGCGAAAUAGGCUCGCAUCUUCAUCCUUACUUAUCGAUCCAUACGAUCAUUAUGUUAAACGAGAAGAAGCCGAUAUUCCGUUUAGUGAAUUUCAUGUGAUUAAACGAUCACCGAGACAUGUUGAUCCAUCUCUCGAAACAAAGCGACGCCGAAUACGAUCUACGAAAGACAAAUUAACGUUAGAGCUGGCAGUUUUCUUCGAUCAAGCUGCAUAUCAUUUGUUCUCAUCUUUUCUAGACGAAGACGACGAGAAGAUUCGUGAUAUGUUAUUAGCAUACGUGAAUGGUAUUCAAGCAUUGUAUCAUCAUCCGAGUCUCGGUGUCUCAAUCGAUAUUUCGUUAAUACGUUUAGAUAUUAUUCAGAGACAACCGUUUGAUCUACCACAUUUUGGUGGCGAGAGAGGUAGUUUAUUGGAUUCGUUUUGCAAUUACGCGAAUGCUCGCAAUCCUCCGGAGGAUGAUCGUUUACAUCACUGGGACAUGGGUCUUUAUGUAACUGGAUUGGAUCUUUAUGCUCUGGAAAAUGGAAAGAAAAAUGGUGCUACUAUGGGAUUAGCUACCGUUGGCGGAUUGUGCAUCCCACGUUAUUCCUGUGUGAUAGCAGAAUUGGGUGUUACAGAUCAACUUGGGAAGCCGUAUCCGUCCGCGGGUUUUACAUCAAUUUAUAUCGCAGCUCACGAAAUUGGUCAUAACUUAGGAAUGCAUCACGAUUCGAGCAACAAUGCAUGUCCAAAAGAUGGAUACAUAAUGUCACCUAGUAGAGGCAUUCGAGGUGAGACAAUUUGGUCCGAUUGUAGCCGUGAAGUAGCCGAAAUGCUUCCGCAAACCAAACUUUGUCUCCUGGAUCAACCAAAACCACGGAACACUUCAGAUACUCUCGCGCAUAAUCAUUUGCGAUAUCGCGAUCUACCUGGAAGAGAAUGGACUGCCAAAAGGCAAUGCGAAUUACUUUUACGCGACAAAGACGCGCGCGUUGUCACAUUAUAUCAGGCUUGUCAGUCUUUGCAAUGCGAAACGCCUCACAAAAGCGGAUAUUACUUUGCAGGACCGGCACUAGACGGAACUUAUUGCGCACCCGAUAGAGAAUGUCGCAGUGGAGAAUGUGUAUCCAUUUCCGAACCAUCUGAAUUAUCUAAUAGCCAAAAGGAUAGCUGGAGCGAAUGGAAAGAAAGUUCUUGUAGUAGCGGUUGCCUGCAGAAAUCCAAAGGCGCGCAAGUUAGACGACGAUUCUGCGAAAAUCGGAAUCAUACGACAAGGGACUGCAAAGGAUUAUAUUACGAUGUGCUCUUAUGCAAAGAUGAGAAACUUUGCAAAAAGAAACGUAGGACGAUACAAGAUUUUGCUACGCUAAAAUGUCGUCUUUUUGGCGAAAGAUUACCUAAAUUGGACGGCACGGCAAGGGGACUACAGGCAACUCACGAAAUCGACAAACCAUGGAUGGCCUGUACUAUAUUUUGCCGACGAAAAGAUAUUGCCGCUUAUUACGCGCCACGCGUAGAAUUGAAUGAUCUCGGUCUCGAUCCAUAUUUUCCGGAUGGAACGUGGUGUCACGCCGAAGAGGGUCAAGAUUAUUUUUGUCGUCAACAUCAUUGUCUACCAGAAAGCUUUCGAUUCAACAAAAAAUUGUCAAGAAUUUAUCAAUACAAGGAUGAGGAUGAGAACGAAAGCGAGGAAUUGGGAUCACAUAAUCAAUUUGGAAUUGCCGAUCAAUUCAAGUAUCUGACAUCGAGUCCAGAUGGUUUACCUUUGUUAACUUCCAUGUCGCGUGAUAUCACUUCUCCAUCGGAUGAAUGGAUCGACAAGGAUUACAUUGAAUUACCCUCAUCCGUAUUCAAAUUGCAUUAUCCCAUCGGAUAUUAGAAUUAGUAACAGCGAUAAAAAAAAGAGGUAACGAGAAGGAGCACUAGUUAUAAUCGAGAUAUCUAUAAAAAAAAAAGUAUUACAUAAAGUUCCGUUACGUGUUUUUCCAAUUCGUACGAGAAGAUAUCCCCGGGAGAUAGGAUGUCGAGCAAUGACAUCAUCUACUCCUCCCCCUCCAUCUAUUUUAAGAGUAACGAUGUUAUAUUAAUAUUUCCAUAAAAACGA